AUGCAAUCCAAGAAGGCGAUCCAUUUCGGCGGCGGCAACAUCGGCCGUGGCUUCGUUGCCGAGUUCCUUCACGAGUCGGACUAUGAAGUCGUCUUCAUUGACGUGAUGGACCAGGUCAUCGAGAACCUGCAGAAGUCAGAGUCCUACACUGUCACCGAGAUCAGCUCUGCCGGCGAGAAUGUCAAGAAGAUCACCAACUACCGCGCCAUCAACUCAAAAUAUAACAUGGAGGAUGUCAUCCGUGAAAUAUCCACUGCAGAAGUUGUCACCUGUGCUGUUGGACCCAAUAUUCUCAAGUUUAUUGCCUCUCCUAUUGCAAAGGGUAUUGAUGCCCGCACUAUCGAACGCCCUCUUGCCGUCAUUGCUUGCGAAAACGCCAUUGGAGCAACGGAUUCCCUGGCCUCUUUUAUCAAAGAGCAUACAGAUAAGGACCGUCUUGCCACCCUUUCUGACCGUGCCCGAUUUGCCAACUCUGCCAUUGACCGAAUCGUGCCCACUCAGGACCCCGAUGCCGGUCUAAACGUCAAGAUUGAGAAGUUUUAUGAGUGGGCGGUUGAUCAGACUCCAUUUGGUGACUGGGGCCACCCAGACAUUAAGGCCAUUCACUGGGUCGACAACCUUGAGCCAUACAUUGAACGCAAGCUCUACACUGUUAACACUGGCCACGCCACUGCUGCCUACUAUGGGUAUAACUCUGGGAAAAAGACUAUCUACGACGCUCUUUCUGACCCCCGUAUUAAAAAGAUGGUUGACGACGCCCUGAGCGAGACUUCUCGGCUCAUUAUUGACAAGCACGGCAUCCCAGAAGAGGAGCAGCGUGCCUAUGUCAAUGCUAUUAUUGAACGUAUCUCUAACCCAUAUCUGGAGGAUGUCGUGGAGCGUGUUGGUCGUGCGCCUGUCCGCAAGCUGGGCCGCAAGGAACGCUUUAUUGGUCCUGCUUCCCAGCUUGCUGAGAGAGGCCAAAAGGUCGAUGCUCUGAUGGGUGCGGUCGAACAGGCUCUACGUUUCCAGAACGUAUCUGGUGACGAUGAGAGCACUGAGCUAGCCAAGAUCCUUCGUGAAGAGAACUGCGAAUCCGCCACCCAGAAACUGACUGGGUUAGAACCUGACCACCCUCUGUACGACCGUGUUGUUGAGAAGGUUAGGAAGGUCCAAAAUGAGUCUAGAGAUAUGAUGCCUUCCGUCUUGUAA